CACUCUCACAAUGCCCUCUCCCCACCUCCCUCCACAUGAUAUACAAAGUACAAAACCAGGCUCAUUUAUUCUUCUUUUCCAAUAAACGAGUCUUCGCGGUAAUGUCGUUCGCGGUAAUGUCGUUCGCGGUAAUGUCGUUCGCGGUAAUGUCGCUCGCGGUAAUGUCGUGUCACGCUAUUUUCGACCACAACAUUUGAGAAUGUAUCAGAUCCGAUCAAAUUCGACAGAUCAGUACCACAUCUGGUCUUAUCACAUCUAGUAUCUUUUCAAAUACUUAUCUGGUAUAUCAGUAUUGCAAGAUGAAGCUAUAAUAAAAUUAAGAGAAAAAGUUGAUUUGUCAAAGAGCUGAAGUCCGGUUCUCGGAAUAGUCAAUGAAUCAAUUCUAAGAUUCGACUAAAUCUAAUGAUGGGUAUCGCCCAGUAGGAUUCCUUGAUAUGAAUAUGGGCUUCUUUAGAACGAUAGCUCUAUGCAUUCAGAAAAACAAUAAAAACCAAAUUUACCUUUUUUAUCUUCGUUAUUUAGCAUUUUUGUUUUGCAUGUUCUGGUGAAGCAUUAACAAAGCGUAUACGUUCAAAAGCAUUUUGUGCAAUUCUUUGUCAAGAAGUAUCAUUUUUCGAUCAAAAUGAAAAUAGCACAGGUACAUUAUGUACACGUUUAGCUUCAGAUGCAGCAGCACUUCAAGUUGCAACUGGCACACGACUUGGAAUAGGUAUUGAAGUCAUUGCAAAUUUGAGUAUAGGUGUCAUAUUAGGAUUUAUUCUUGUUUGGCAAUUAACAAUAAUCGUUAUUCUCUUUAUAUUAAUUAUGUUUAUCGUCCUUUUCUCACAAAUAUAUUUAGCAAUGAAAUUCAAUAAUCAAGAUAAACGAAUAUUCGAACAAGCUGGAAUGGUAAUCGUUGAAUCAAUUAACAAUAUUCGUACUGUUGUACAAUUAACAAAAGAAAAAUAUUUUGGUGAUAAAUAUUGUUCUAUAUUGACCGAACAAUAUCGGUAA